AUGGCCAACCCCAGAAUCGAGGAGCUCCCCGACGAGGAGACUCAGCGACCUACCGUUGAGGAGCAGGAGGACAGCAGCGACGAGUCCGAUGCUGAGGAUGGUGAGGCCAACCUGCCCGCUGGCUCUACCGCUGUAAUCCACAACCGCAACGAGAAGAAGGCUCGCAAGGCUAUUGAGAAGCUGCAUCUUACCCGUGUCCCUGGUAUCACCCGUGUCACUCUCCGACGCCCCAAGAACAUCCUCUUUGUCAUCAACAACCCCGAGGUUUACAAGUCCCCCAACAGCAACACCUACAUUGUUUUCGGCGAGGCUAAGAUCGAGGAUGUCAAUGCCACCGCUCAGCAGGCCGCUGCUGCUCAGAUGGCCGCCGCUAAUGCCGAGGCCGAGCACGCUGGCCACAACCACGGUGAGCCCAGCAAGGCUGCUGAAUCCGGCGAGGCUAAGAAGGACGACGACGACGACGAUGGUGAGGAGGUCGAUGCUGAAGGUCUUGAGGAUAAGGAUAUUGAGCUUGUCAUGACCCAGGCCAACGUCAGUCGCAAGAAGGCCAUAAAGGCCCUGAAAGAGAAUGACAAUGAUAUUGUCAACUCCAUCAUGGCCUUGACAUCACUGGAUUUGGUUCCAAAUGAUUCUAAUUGGUUUGGUCUUGUGAAAUGGCUCAUAUUUGAUGUUGCGUUGUUGCCAACUAAACCAGAAAUGCUAAAUUCAUUAACACUGCUACGCAAUGUGUUGUCCAAUCCCUCACUGAACCGGCUAACUGGACCGCGAACCGUUAGUCACGAAGAGCAUCACGUGACUAAACCGCCAGCAAUCCUGGUCGGACCAGUUCGGCACGGCAAAUCAUUAGCAUCACCACACUCGCUCUCCGCUCCAAGAGACACCCCCCGAAACAUAAGCAAAAUGGCGGCCACGCGAAGCGCAGCUCUCAAGAUCGACUGGGUAAAGGUCACCAGCUCGCUGGGCCUUCGCGGUCAGACAGUCGCCUCCCUCCAGGCCUUCAAGAAGAGAAACGAAGACGCUCGCCGCAAGGUUCAGCAGCUGUCCGAGCAGCCUACGACGGUCGACUUUGCCGCCUACCGAUCUACCCUCAAGAAUCAGGCCAUCGUCGACGAGAUUGAGAAGCGCUUCAAAGCCUUCAAGCCCGUCACCUACGACGUCAGCCGCCAGCUCAAGGCCAUUGACGCCUUCGAGGUUGAGGCCAUCAAGAACGCCGAGGCCACCAAGCAGGCUGUUGAUCUCGAGCUCAAGGAUCUCGCUGCCACUUUGAAGAACAUUGAGGAGGCCCGUCCCUUCGAGGACCUCACUGUCGACGAAGUUGCUGCCGCCGAGAAGUCCAUCGACGAGAAGACCACCCAGCUCAUUUCCAAGGGCAGAUGGAUGGUGCCUGGAUACAAGGAGAAGUUCGGCGACCUCGCGCUGGUGUAA